AUGAUUGAUACAAAAAUUUUGCAGUUCUUGGCGUUGAUCGCAUUCGUAGUGGUGGGCAGUGAGGCGCAUUAUCCUUAUGGUCGCCAAUACUACAACAACCACCAUGGCGGUUACAACAAUCAAAAUGGCAAUUUCAACAAUUACAACAACAACAAUAAUAAUGAGUACAAUAACAACAAUAACAAUGUGAAUAGCAAUUACAACAACAUCAAUAACCAUAACAAUUUAAACAGCAAUUACAAUCCCAAUAAUCUUCGAAACAACAACAAUAAUAAUCAGAACGAUAACAACAACAGACGCAAUGCACACAACAACAAUCCGUUGUUGGCAAUAAAUUUGCCAAAAAUCUACUUGGGCGAUUUCGAGUAUAUGCCUACGCCCGACGGUUAUCGCUACUCUUACCAACUGGCCGAUGGUACACGGCGCACUGAGGUCGGCCAAAUACCCAACAUCGCCGCCAAUUCUGGUAUCUACAUGUCAGACGAGCGUGCCACAGCUGAACGUACGGCCCUACGCAUGCGUGCAAGAGCCAAUUCGAAGAAUCGUAAAUUAUCACCGAAAUCACUGCAAUCGCUGGCGGGCUGA